CUCGUCGCCUUCGACAAUGUCGCAGCUGGCCACGACGGCGUCAUGUCAGACGAAUCGGGUAGUCUGGUCAUCAAACCAUGUGUUGCUGCUGAGGUGGAAUUUUACGAGGUUUCCAACGCUGAGCACCCAGAAUUCGCCCAACUGAUGCCGACCUUCAUGGGUAGUCUACAGCCAAUUGUUCUACCCGCCGCUUUAGAAGAUGAAUCAGAAGUCAAGGACACAAAAGAUCUAGCCGACCCGAGUAAUCCCCUACGAGGGAAGAAACUGGACACAGGACUUGCCAUUGUCUUGGAAAACGUACUGGCUGGCUUCAAAAAGCCCAAUUUCGUCGAUGUGAAGUUGGGUAAACGACUGUGGGCAGAUGAUGCACCACCCGCCAAACGUACCAAGUUGGACAAUGUCGCGUCUCAGACGACCAGUGGUUCGCUCGGUUUCAGGAUAGCGGGCAUGAAGGUAUGGCAUCCCGAAGGCUCAGGAGAGUACAAAGUGUUCGACAAAUUCUACGGUCGAAAUUUGACGUCGGUCAACGUAAAGGAUGCUUUCUCAACCUUCCUCUGUCUUGACCAGAAGACAGAAUCUUCAGAGCUUCUUGAAGACAUCAUCAGUAAUAUCGAGGAGGCUGUUGAAUCUAUAGAACAGAUCAUCGCGAACCAAGAGAGUCGGAUGUAUUCAGCGAGCUUGCUGUUCGUCUAUGAAGGAGAUCCGCAUGCGCGGAAGGAGGCUCUUAAUUCUGCCAUUGCACAAAUGGCACAGCAUCGAGACUCGGACGACGUGUUAGUCAAGAGCCAAGCAGGAAAGAGAGAAGAAGAUGAAGAAGUCGAUGAAGAUGAUGACGACGAAGAGGAUGAGCAAGCUGGCCCAAAGCUAUUUGACAUCAAAAUGAUCGACUUUGCUCAUGCAGAAUGGACACCCGGACAAGGCCCAGACGAGAAUAUGCUGGUUGGUAUACGUAGUGUCCGCAAGGUCUUGAAGAAGUUGAUG